GGCGAUAUGGAUAAACUGAAGAAUAAACGAGUCCAUAGACGGUCAUUUCCUAGUUUACUGAAACAUGAUAUACAUUUGCAACUAAUGUUCAAAAAAUUAUGGAGACAUCAAAGUCUAUGAAGAGCUGCAUGAGAUCAAUGGCUGCGACCAGUGCUGGCCUACUACGGCAGCAGGCACCACAGCUUCGUCUGACAAUUACAUCGGUGGAGGAACUGCAGUCCUUCGAUAUAUUAAUGCAGGAUGCUGCACGCAGGCAACAAUUGGUGUACACGGAGACACCUGCUCGGAGACCGUACGCCUCAUGAUGCAGCGUCUUUUGACGUGGCCUUUGAUGGCGGAGACAAAUUACACCGGUUCACGCAACCAAUACGGAUUCCGGGAAACGCAGCUUUCCACCAAAAGGCAAGCUGCUAUGUUAAAAAGGUUCUCCGGCAGCAAUGUCUCGCCGGAUGACGUAACACGUGAGAAAAUAUCUGAAAUCUAUUCGUGGCAACGUAUGGCGCGACACCGCCUAAGAUUGUACAAGCAGUCGGCAAAUAUUUAAUGGUGGAGUACCUAUUACCAUUUUUUAAUUAAGAUUUUCCAAUUAGUGGACUUGGACUCCUCAGACGACAGCAUAGAAGAAGUCAGACAGUUUCAAACGGAACAUUGACCUCUGUUGUCAAUGGUAAUGUGAAUUCCUUGAAUGUACCCACUGCUAGGUGUCGCUAAUCUGAC